AGUGAAACACGUGUCCGACACUAUUAUUUAGUCGUGUGGAAAGCAGUCGCAGGUCGUUCCGUUAUCUUAUGACUUCUUGUGAGUUGUAUAAAGAUUUCACCAAGCCGAGAUUUUACUUUUUAUCGAAUUAUAAUAUGUGUUCGGCGUCAACUAUGGAGAUCAGAUUCAGAAGGCAGCUAGGUGGAUCCGAACGCUAACUAGCUGAGCAGCUAAAUCUAAUCUGCCCUAGCUUUAAAACCAUGCUGCGGCUAUUAAAAUAUCAAAAAUAUGCUUCGGUUAAAACUUUGGUCAGUGUAUUUAAGCUGACAAACAGACAGAGGUGCUUCCUAAGCAGCAGCAAGUCGGGUGAAUAUAUCCGUAGAUUUAUACUUGAAAACACAGAAAUAGCUGGAGAGCACAGCCUGACUCCUGAGGUCCGACUGAGAAUAUUCACCCCAAGAUGCAGGUUCUGGAGAGAAAGACCGGAACUUUGGCCUUUUGAUGACCCGUACUGGGCAAUAUACUGGCCUGGAGGACAGGCACUUUCAAGGUAUCUCUUGGAUCACCCUGGGGUUUGUCAGGGUAGGUCAGUCCUGGACCUAGGCAGCGGGUGUGGAGCCUCAGCCAUCGCUGCCAAACUAAGCGGUGCUGCUCAUGUUGUUGCUAAUGACAUUGACAGUGUUGCAGCAGUCGCAACCCUCAUGAACUGCGAGCUGAAUGGCCUGGAGCCCCUUGCUUGUGUUACAGACAGCAUAAUUGGCUCUGAGCCCCAUGGAUUUGACUUGAUCCUACUGGGGGACAUGUUCUAUGACGAGGCCCUCGCUGCCAGCCUUCACAGCUGGUUGGACCGUUGCAUCAAAACCCACGGUACCAAAGUACUGAUCGGCGAUCCGGGGAGAGCUCAGUUUCAGGAACAUGGCAUCCGGCGUUUUCUGCAUCAGCUGGCUCAGUAUGAACUGCCAGAGUCCAUCAGGGAAGAAAACUAUGGCCUGACCUGCAGCAGCGUUUGGUACUACAAUCCUGAACUUACCACUGGAGAGGAUUUGUGAACUUUCUUAAUAAAUAAAGAAUAAAAUAAAUGUCAUCAACACUGAAUAAUAGAUGAGAAGUCUCAGACAUCCUUGCAAGUAAGUGCAAGAAGUAAAACCUUGAACCUUUUCCAUAAGCUGUCAGAAUUAUUCGAGCACAAGAAGAAACCACACUAGUGUCAGAGAUGUAGCAGCAGUAACAAACGAUCCAUACCCUCCAUGUGAAGUGCUACUGUGUAAAAUGUUAUUUUACUGACUUGAGAACAGUUACACCUCUGUUCUGCUGCCACCAGGUGGCUGCAAUCAUCUCACUUACUACAUAGUGAGGCAUAGCUCCACAACAGAAGGAAGCCUUUAUUUGUUCUUAUUACAUCUUGUUACAAUGUCGCAAGGACAUUUGUCCUCUGUAGAAAGCAGUGUUGUGGAAAAAUUACCUCGAGGGCUUCUGACUGGCUCAAUAAAGAGAAGGAUCCAAAAAGUU